AUGAAAUGCGAACAGCAGAGCCAUCGCGACUUCCUCGCUUUUCUCCAUGAACGGCCAAGCCAUCUUGUGAAGCAUCGUCGUAUGCUUAUGAUUGUGGCGGAGGGCUGGGAGGGCACGUUCCAACUGUUGCAGCGGAUGUGGUGCUCAGGACGGAGCGGUCGCCGAAGACUUGUCGAUCACAACUCGCCGCAUGCUGAGAUGAUACGAAGCUCGAUUGCUUGGAGCCUCUGGCAAAAUGGUCAACCUGGCCACCGGCUUCCAAAUAAGCGCUAG